AUGAAACCAGUUGAAGCUGCUCCCGCAGAGGAAAGUAAACCAGUUGAAGCUGCUACCGCAGAGGAAAGUAAACCAGUUGAAGCUGCUACCGCAGAGGAAAGUAAACCAGUUGAAGCUGCUCCCGCAGAGGAAAGUAAACCAGUUGAAGCUGCUCCCGCAGAGGAAAGUAAACCAGUUGAAGCUGCUACCGCAGAGGAAAGUAAACCAGUUGAAGCUGCUACCGCGGGGAAAAGUAAACCAGUUGAAGCUGCUACCGCGGAGGAAAGUAAACCAGUUGAAGCUGCUCCGCGAAGGAAAAGUAAACCAGUUGAAACUGCUCCCGCAAGGAAAGAAAGUAAACUUGCCGAAGCUGUUCCCGCAGAGGAAAGUAAACCUGCCGAGGCUGCUCCUGCAGAAGAAAGUAAACCGGCCAAAGCUGCUUCUGCAGAGGAAAGUAAACCGGCUGAAGCUGCUUCUGCAGAGGAAAGUAAACUGACCGAGGCGGCUCCUGCAGAGGAAAGUAAACGGACCGAGGCAACUCCCGCAGAGGAGUUACUACCUGCUGAGGGUGCUCCUGCAGAGGAAAGUAAAACAUCCGAGAUUGAUCCCGCAGAGGAAAGUAAACCUGCUGUGGCUGAUCCUGAAGAGGAAAGUAAACCUACUGUGGCUGCUCUUGCAGAGGAAAUUAAACCGGCUGAGCCAGUUAUUGAAGAGAAUGUGAAAGCGGCUGAGGCAUCUCCUGCAGAUGAAUGCAAAGCAUCCGAAGAGGAUAUUAAAAUGACUGAGGCUGCUCCCACAGAGGAAAGUAAACCAGCUGAGGCUGCACCUGCGGACGAAAGUAAACCAGCUGAAGCUGCUCCAGCAGAGGAAAGUAAACCGGUUGAAGCUGCUACCGCAGAGGAAAGUAUACCGGCCGAAGCUGCUUCUGCAGUGGAAAGUAAAUCGGCCGAAGCUGCUCCUGCAGAGGAAAGUAAAUCGGCCGAAGCUGCUCCUGCAGAGGAAAAUAAACCGGCCGAAGCUGCUCCUGCAGAGGAAAAUAAACAGACCGAGGCAGCUCCUGCAGAGGAAAGUAAACUGACUGAUGCUGCUCCCGCAGAGGAAAUUAAACCGGCUGAGCCAGUUAUUGAAGAGAAUGUGAAAGCGGCUGAGGCAUCUCCUGCAGAUGAAUGUAAAGCCUCCGAGCCAGUAGUUGAAGAGGAUAUUAAAAUGACUGAGGCUGCUCCAGCAGAGGAAAGUAAACCCUCUGAGGCUGCACCUGCAGACGAAAGUAAAACGGCCGAAGCUGUUCCCGCAGACGAAAGUAAAACGGCCGAAGCUGUUCCCGCAGAGGAAACUAAACCGGCCGAUGCUGCUCCUGCAGAUGAAAGUAAACCGGCCGAUGCUGCUCCUGCAGAUGAAUGUAAACCGGCCGAUUCUGCUCCUGCAGAGGAAAGUAAACCAGCCGAUGCUGCUACCGCAGAGGAAAGUAAACUUGCUGAGGCUGCUCCUGCAGAGGAAAUGAAACUGGCUGAUGCUGCUCCGGUAGAGGAAAGUAAACCCGUGGAGGCUGCUCCUAUAGAUGAAAGUAAACCGAUCGAGGCUGCUACUGCUGAGGAAAGUAAACGUUCUCAGGCUGCUCCCUCAGAUGAAAGUAAACUGGACGAGCUAGUUACUGAAGAGGAUGUGAAAGCAGACAAUGCUGCUCCUGUAGAUGAAACUAAAGCAUAUGAGCCAGUAAGUGAAGAUGAUAUUAAAAUGGCUGAGGCUGCUCCCACAGAGGAAAUUAAAUCGGCCGAUGCUUCUCAUGCAGAGGAAAGUAAACCUGCUGAGGCUGCUCCAGCAGAGGAAAGUAAACCGGCUGAUGCUGCUCCGGCUGUUCCCGCAGAGGAAAGUAAACCAGAUGAAGCUGCUCCCGCAGAGGAAAGUAAACUGGCCGAUGCUGCUCCUGCAGAGGAAAGUAAACCGGCCGAGGCUGCUCCCACAGAGGAAAUUAAAUCGGCCGAUGCUUCUCAUGCAGAGGAAAGUAAACCUGCUGAGGCUGCUCCAGCAGAGGAAAGUAAACCGCUGAUGCUGCUCGGUGAGAGGAAAGUAAACCCUGAGGCUACUCCUGCAGAAGAAAGUAAAUCUGCCGAGGCUGCUCCCGCAGAGGAAAGUAAACCGGCUGAGCCAGGUAUUGAAGAGAAUGCAGAAGUGGCCGAGGCAGCUCCUCCAGAAGAAACUAAAGCAUCCGAGCCAUUAAUUGAAGAGGAUAUUAAACCGGCCGAGGCUGCUCUUGCAGAGGAAAGUAAACUGGACGAAGCUGCUCCUGCAGAGGGAAGUAAACCGGCUGAGGCUGCUCCUGCGGAAGAAAGUAAACUGGCCGAGGCUGUUCCCGCAGAGGAAAGUAAACCAGAUGAAGCUGCUCCCGCAGAGGAAAGUAAACUGGCCGAUGCUGCUCCUGCAGAGGAAAGUAAACCGGCCGAGGCUGCUCCCACAGAGGAAAUUAAAUCGGCCGAUGCUUCUCAUGCAGAGGAAAGUAAACCUGCUGAGGCUGCUCCAGCAGAGGAAAGUAAACCGGCUGAUGCUGCUCCGGUAGAGGAAAGUAAACCCGCUGAGGCUACUCCUGCAGAAGAAAGUAAAUCUGCCGAGGCUGCUCCCGCAGAGGAAAGUAAACCGGCUGAGCCAGGUAUUGAAGAGAAUGCAGAAGUGGCCGAGGCAGCUCCUCCAGAAGAAACUAAAGCAUCCGAGCCAUUAAUUGAAGAGGAUAUUAAACCGGCCGAGGCUGCUCUUGCAGAGGAAAGUAAACUGGACGAAGCUGCUCCUGCAGAGGGAAGUAAACCGGCUGAGGCUGCUCCUGCGGAAGAAAGUAAACUGGCCGAGGCUAGGAAAGUAAACCGGCGAGCUGCUCCCCAGAAGGAAAAUAAACUCGCUGAGGCUGCUCCCGCAGAGGAAAGUAAACUGGCUGAUGCUGCUCCGGUAGAGGAAAGUAAACCCGCUGAGGCUACUCCUGCAGAAGAAAGUAAACCUGCCGAGGCUGCUCCCGCAGAGGAAAGUAAACCGGCUGAGCCAGGUAUUGAAGAGAAUGCAGAAGUGGGCGAUGCAGCUCUUCCAGAUGAAACUAAAGCAUCUGAGCCAUUAAUUGAAGAGGAUAUUAAAAUGGCUGAGGCUGCUCCCACAGAAGAAAGUAAACCGGCUGAGGCUACUCCUGCAGAGGAAAGUAAACCGGCCGAGGCUGCUCUUGUAGACGAAAGUAAACUGGACGAAGCUGCUCCUGCAGAGGGAAGUAAAACGGCUGAGGCUGCUUCUGCGGAGGAAAAGGAAAGUAAACCAGAUGAAGCUGCUCCCGCAGAGGAAAGUAAACCGGCUGAGGCUGCUCCCGCAGAGGAACGUAAACCGGCCGAGGCUGCUCCCGCAGAGGAAAGUAAACCGGACGAGGCUGCUCCAGCAGAGGAAAGUAAACCAGCUGAGGCUGCUCCUGCAGAGGAAAGUAAACCCACUGAGGCUGCUACUGCAGAAGAAAGUAAACCUGCUGAGGCUGCUCCCGCAGAGGAAAGUAAACUGGCUGAGCCAGUCAUUGAAAUGGAUGUGAAAGCAGCCAAAUCUGCUCCUGCAGAUGAAACUAAAGCGUCCGAGCCAGUAAUUGAAGAGGAUAUUAAAAUGGUUGAGGCUGCUCCCACUGGGGAAAGUAAACCAGCUGAAGCUGCUACAGCAGAAGAAAGUAAACUGGCCACCGAUACUCCUGCAGAGGAAAGUAAACUGACCAAGGCUGCUCCUGCAGAGGAAAUUAAACCGGAUGAGGCUGUUCCCGCAGAGGAAAUUAAACCGGAUGAGGCUGUUCCCGCAGAGGAAAGUAAACCGACUGAGGUUGCUCCUGCAAAAGAAAGUAAACCGGCUGAAGCUGCUCCCACAGAGGAAACUAAACCAGCCGACUCUGUUCCCACAGAGGAAAGUAAACCAGCCGAGUCUGUUCCCAUAGAGGAAAGUAAACUGGCUGAGGCUGCUCCCAUAGACAAAAAUAAACCGGACGAGGCUGCUCCCGCAGAGGAAAGUAAACCGGACGAGGCUGCUCCCGCAGAGGAAAGUAAACCGGAUGAGGUUGCUCCUGCAGAGGAAAUUAAACCAGACGAGGCUUCUCCCGCUGAGGAAAGUAAACCGGCCGAGGCUGAUCCUGCAGAGGAAAGUAAACCGGACGAUUCUGCUCCCGCAGAGGAAAUUCAACCGGCCGAGGCUGCUCCUGCAGAGGAAAAUAAAAUGGCCGAGGUAGUUCCAACAGAUGAAACUAAAGCAGAUGAACCAGUAAUUGAAGAGGAUAUUAAAUCGGCCGAGGCUGCUCCAAGAGAGGAACAUAUACCGGCCAAGGCUACCCUCGCAGAGCUGAGUAAACCGGCUGAGCAAGCUCUGGAAGAGGAAAGUAAACUGGAUGAGGCUGGUCUGGCAGUGGAAAAUAAAGUAGCCGAAGCUGCUCCUAAAGAGGAAAGUAAACUGGCUGAUGCUGAUCUGGCAGAGGAAAGUAAAGCGACCGAGGGUGCUUCAGAAGAGGAAGGGAAACCAGCUGAUGAUGCUCCAGAAGAUGAAAUUAAACCAGCUGAUGAUGCUCCAGAAGAGGAAAUUAAACCAGCUGAGGCUGCAAAGGAAAGUAAAUCGGUAGAGGCUGUGGAGGAAAGGAAACCGACCGAAGCUGCAGUGGAAAGUAAACUGGCCGAGGCUGCAGAGAAAAGUAAACAAGCCGAGUCUUCUCCUGCAGGGGAAAGUAAACCAUCUGAGGUUACUGCCACAGAGGAAAUUAAAUUGGCUGAGUCUGUAAUUGAAGAGAAAAAUCAACCAGCCAAAUCUGCCCCCGCAGAGGAAAGUCAACCAGCUGAGGUUGCUUCUACAGAGGAAAGGAAAACAACUGAGGUUUCUCCUACAGAAGUGAGCAAACUAUCUGAUGCAACAGUUGACAAAGAAAUUCUUCCAGCUGAGGUAGCUACAGUAGAAGAAAGUAUACAAGCUGAGGCUGGUCCUGCAGAUGAAAGUAAACUGUCAGAGGUAGCUCCUGCAGAGGGUAGUAAACUAUCUGAAGCAGUUGCCCCAGAGGAAAGUAAAGUGGUAGAGAUACUUCCCACAGAAGAAUGUGAAGUAGCCAAUGUAACUACUAUAGAGAAAAUUGCAAUAGCCUAUGAAGUUCCUGUAGAGGCUCUUAAAUCUGCUGAUGUUGCACUUGCAGAAGAAAUGAAACUAGUUGCUAUUUCAUCUGUUGAGGAUAUUAAAUUAGCUGAAAAUGGAUCUGCAGCAGAAACGGUACCUGUUGGACCUGCCACUACUGAAGAACUUACACCAGCUGCAACUGUAGAGGAUUUUAAGGCAGUUGAGCCUGUAUCUGCUGAAGUGAUAUCAGUGGAAAUUGAACCAGCUGAAGUUGAAAUCAAACCUAUUAAGCCUGUAUUCACUGAAGAAUUUAAACCAGCUGAGGUAACGAAAGAAGAUAUACAAGCUGAAACUGUUCCUGCUGAAGAAGUUGAACCAGCUUUGGUAGCAGAACAAUAUAUGAGAGCUAAAUCUCUUCCUGCAGUAGUAAUUACACCCGAUGAUAGAGAGGAAUGUAUCCCAACUGAAGCUGUUUCUGUAGAAGACAUUAAAUCUGCAGUAGUAGCAGAAGCUGUUCCUAUUGAAGAUAGUAAUGCAACUGUGAUUGCUGAUGAAGCGUUACAUGCUCAAAAUCAAGACAUAUCUUCAGUAAGUGCUGCAAAAUGUGAAAACAUGUCUGCUGAACCUACUGUUUCUGAAACUGUCUCUGACUUUCAAAGUGUUUCAGUGGAAGCUUCUCCAACAGAAAAGAAUGCUUUGGAUAAUAAGACUUUUGUUGUCUUUCCGAGUGCAAUUCAUACUGGGGAACCUAAUGUAGCUGCAGUAUGUCCUCCUGAGCCCGUUCAAGAAAUUUCUGAAAACCAAACUACUUUGGAAAGCAUAGUUGAUGAAAUUCUUCCUGCUGAUGAUAGCCAAAAAGCUAAGGACCAGUUCCAUAUGCCUGCUGAAUCUGCUGAAUGCCAUAUUCUGGAGAAACCAGUUGUUGAUAGUGAACGAGAACCUGAUCCAAUGGGUUUGUUGAAUGUCAUUUUAACUGAAGAAAGUCAGUCAAAGUUUAGUUCAUCUGAUAUUUUAGCUCAGAAUACACCCGUAUGUGAAAUUGGCAUUGCAAAAAAAAUUGAACCAGAAGUCCCUCUUUACGAUCGUCUGUUGGCUGAGCAGGAGUAUGAUGAGUACCAGUCAAAGAUUUCCCCACUAUCUCCUGACGGGAGAAAGAAGUAUGGUAUAAAUGCUCGAAAUGAAACUUACAGGCCUGGUGGUGGAAAUGUGAAGAUUUUUAGUGAGAAAAUUGAUUUUAAAAGUGUUGGGCCAAGAAUAGAUGCAAGGAGUAAAUCGCCAAGGAAAUCUCCUCCAUCGUCAAUUCAGAGUCCAGUUCGACAAAUUUCCAGAAGUGCACCUGGUAAUUCUUCCCCAUCGCCUCAUACAAAACAGAUUCGUUCUAAAGUUGGAUCAUUGGAUAAUGCGAGGCAUACACCUGGUGGAGGAAAUGUUAAAAUUAUUAAUCGAAAGGAAAAAUAUGAUGCAGUCCAAAGUAAGAUUGGUUCGAAAGAUAAUAUAACACAUAAACCAGGAGGCGGAAAUAUAAAGAUUGAAAAUAAACGCUUAUCAUUUUUAGAAACUGCAAAACCCAAAGUUGGUUCUUUAGACAAAGUAGAUCACAAGCCAGGUGGUGGAGAUAAAAAAAUUACUGAUGAAAAAAUUGAGUGGGAGUGCAGAGCCAAAAUUGGCUCCAAAGACAACCUUACUUAUAAACCUGGUGGUGGUGACAAGAAGAUUUUAGAUGAAAAAGUGGAAUGGAGUGCUCAACCAAAAGUUGGCUCAAAGGAUAAUAUAACUCACAAACCUGGGGGUGGAGAUAAAAAGAUUGAAGAGCAAAAAUUGGAAUGGAAAGUGGAAGCUAAAGUUGGAUCAAAAGAUAAUCUUAAACAUUCACCAGGAGGAGGAGUUAUAAAGAUUGACUCACAGAUAACUGAAGAAAAAGAAGUCAAAUCAGACAUUGAGUCUGUUGGUAGUGAUGACCACCAAGCUGUUGGUGGUAUUACAACACCUUCUCCUCCAUCACAGAUCGAGUCCCACAAACUUGAUUUCAAGGAAAAGGCACAGCCAAAAAUUGGAUCUAAGGAUAACCUUGAUUAUCAACCUGGAGGGGGAAAUUUUCAAGUUGAAAGCCAAAGGUUAAAUUUUACAGAAAAUGCAGACCUCUGCACAGAUACUGGUGUUGACAAGCUGUUAGUAACUCAUUCAAUUAACCCAACAAGCAUUCAAAGAAAGAAGGAGAAAAGAAUCUUUUACAAGCUGAUUAUUAUUUCUUCUUUCUUUCUUUCUUCUCUUCCCUUCGUGCGCGAUUGUCAUGGUGGUGGUAUUUGUGGAGAUGAUCACUCAGACUGUGAAUCAGCAGUUACUGCUGCCGUUGGAAAAGGAAAACAGUACACCCACUCCCUUCAAACAUAUUAA